CCGUACGACUAUACGACUAUACUCUCUGAUAGCGGGUUCCUGUCUGAAGGUUAACCCCAACUCCCUUGCUCAAGGGCGCUCCAGCCGAUUCCGUUGCAAACCAUGCCCAGCGUCCUCCGUAUCACUCCACUGGCAGCACUUCAGGAGCUUCACGGUGGCUGAGUUGCGACCUGAUCGAUCCGGAUCGUUUCCAAGUACGCAGACAGGCAUUGCGACAUCACAAGCCUCUUAGUGUCUGAGUCCGGCCACAUUACUUCCAGGAAAACAAACAAACAUAACACUCUCCCAUCCACGACUACGCUCACGAUAGCGCUAUUGAACCCCACGCUGCAUCAUGAGUUCCACCCCCAAAAGCUCCCUCGAUAGCGAGGAGCGCGCAUCCAACGCUUCCGAACACUCAUCCCAGCAUUCACGCAUUUCAUCCACGGCGGAUAGUCCCCGUCGGAAGUCGAUCCAAUUCAACAUUGGCGGGGCCGAGCCACAGGGUCAGCACCGUCGGUCUACGAGCGCCGUCGGCGGGCGCUGGCCACAACAAGAAGCGCCGGACAAAGAACAGAAAGCCGCUGGGAGAGGUCCUUCGCCUCCGCCACCUCGAACCUACGAAAGAGGUGUUUCUUUCAAUACAUUCGAUAAUCCUGACGCGGCGGACUUCUCGUUGACUCUGAAUUACAAACACAAGGGGUAUCAGUCUACCCGGCGCAGUCGGACCUUUUUAUGUGGUACGGAUCAGAAUGAUUAUUCCGACUUUGCCCUGGAGUGGCUCAUUGACGAAUUGGUGGAUGAUGGCGACGAGAUCGUGUGCCUUCGAGCCGUGGAAAAGGACUCCACCAUCGCAAGCGACGCCGCAAUUGAGGAGGGAAAGUACCGCCAAGAAGCGGAGAAGUUGUUCGAGCAGGUGAUCCAGAAGAAUAGCCAGGACGAGAAGGCAAUCAGCCUAGUCUUGGAACUGGCGGUGGGGAAAAUCCAGGAUAUCAUUCAGCGCAUGAUCCGAAUCUACGAGCCCUCCGUACUGAUUGUUGGCACCCGUGGCCGUAACUUGGGUGGUGUCCAAGGCCUGCUGCCCGGCUCCGUCUCCAAAUACUGCUUACAGCAAUCUCCGAUUCCCGUGAUCGUUGUCCGUCCCUCCACUAAACGGGAAAAGAAGAAGAAGAAGCGUCUUGCGGAUCCCACCCGCCGCAGCUAUAAUCAGAUCCUAGAACUGAGCGAGCAGCGUGGAAGCAAGUUAUUCGACGCAGGUUCGAGUACAGACAGUCAUGUCUCAAGACUUCCAGAUGAAGAAGCUGCUGUAGCCGCCGCUCUCGGUCUGCCUCAGUCGUACGCCAACUCCCGAAGCUCGCUCUCGAUGUCCGAGCGGAGCAGUGUUAGCCAUGAUGAGAAUGACUCGCCGUCUCCCAAUAGCGGCUCCCUUGCCACCACCCAUAGCCCAGCAGCGGGAAGCCCGGAGAGCACCGAAAGCGAAAGCGCAACGGAAAGCACAACGGACGACGAACCUGUUCCCCAGGCCAAAACUCCGCCCGAGCGCUCGUCAUCGGAGACGGUAUCUACGGAAGAGUCCAAGGCAGUUGAUGCAGCGUCGACGGAUGAGUCCGAGCUGGCCAGCUCUACUCAGAGUACACCAAGACCAGGCAGUUCUAAACUGAACAUUCCGGUCAUUGUUACUGAAGAUAUGACCGAGAAGGGAUCAAAUGGCCAGUGAGCCUUGGAUGGCCUGCUCUACCGAGCUAUCAUGACGUACCAGUUCAGAACUCAUCCGAGAAAGGGUGCUAGCCCUGUAUCUCCGCUAGAAGUCACAUCAUCACACCAUCAGCCAACUAAGUCAUAACCUCACUACAUAACCGGAAGCUACCAUGGAGAGGAAUUUCAUGACGACAUGAAUAUCAGGUCGAUACAUCGCUCUAUACAAAGGAGGCACACACACACACCAUCUCUACUCUCGACGGACCACUAUGUGUAUAUCUGACUACGUCUCUACUUCCUCACAUAGAGACCAGUCCCGCCUGCAAGGUGGCUACACUGUCCAUCAUGAAACCGAAUAUAUUACAAGCCUCAGGCUAAUCAGCAAUUAACGGGAAUCACCACCGCGAUCCUCAACUUCAAACCCCACUCCCAUACAAUAAUCUCAAUCAUACACCGACUAGGCACAAGCAUUAGCAUCAGCAUCAAGAUCGCACGAAUAGAUCUCGCAUCUAUGCAUAAACCAUAGAUAGAUACACAAUAAACAGAUAAAUCACUCAAUUCAUACAAAGAAACUACCCAGAAAACCCUCAUUCAAACCAAAGUAGAAAACCAAUAUUCUGUCUCAACCAGAAGAUAUAUUUCCAAAGCCGA